GGACCAGGCAAAUACCUAGAAUAAUACUAAUACUACUGCUAAUAAUAAUAAAGAGUGUGGGCAGGAAAAGGAGGUCUCGGGGGGAAGCAGAGGGAGAGAAGAAGGCGCGCCCCCGAGGACGGGCCCGGGCAAGGGGCAGGACCGGCUCCUCACUGGGGCUACCGGCACACCCCGUGCCCCGGGGCGGCCGUCGGGGCGGCAGCAGCACGUGGAAGCGGCGGGGCAUGGCCUCCGCGGGGGCUCCUGCGGCCUGAACCACCCCCACUGCCGGCACCAUGGCGGCCGCCGCCGACACUGGCCUCGACGUGGCGGCGGUGGAAAGUUUCCUAGAGAGGCACCCGGAGCUGGUGGAGAAGUGGCUGAAGAGGAAGAACUCGCUCCCUAAAGCGCCCUCGGUGCCCGCCGCCAGCCCGUCGGAGGAGCGCCGAAGCAGCUGCGGCCCCAGCGGCGGCUGGGGCAGUGCAGGCGGCCCCGGCGUCCUCCAGCGCCGAGCCUCUCAGAUGGAGCUGCGGAAGAGCUUCGCCCGCUCCAAGGCCAUCCAUGUCAACCUUACCUACGACGAGCAUGUGCACGCCCGGGCGCAGGAGCCGCUGAGCAGCGUACGGCGGCGGGCGCUGCUGCGGAAGGCCAGUUCCUUGCCCCCCACCACCGCGCACAUCCUCAGCGCCCUGCUGGAGUCCCGCAUCAGCCUGCCCCAGUACCCCCCCACUGCCCUGGACUACAAGCGCUACCUCAAGGAGCAUAACGAGCGCCAGUUCUUCCUGGAGCUGGUCAAGGACAUCUCCAACGACCUGGACCUCACUAGCCUCAGCUACAAGAUCCUCAUCUUCGUCUGCCUCAUGGUAGACGCCGACCGGGGCUCCCUCUUCCUCGUGGAGGGGGCCGCCGCCGGCAAGAAGAGUUUAGUCUCCAAGUUCUUCGACGUGCACGCCGGCACCCCGCUGCUGCCCUGCGGCUCCACCGAGAACAGCAACGAGGUGCAGGUGCCCUGGGGUAAGGGCAUCAUCGGCUACGUGGCGGAGCACGGAGAGACCGUCAACAUCCCCGACGCCUACCAGGAUCGACGCUUUAAUGACGAGAUUGACAAACUGACUGGAUACAAGACAAAGUCACUUUUGUGCAUGCCCAUAAGAAACAGUGAUGGAGAGAUUAUUGGUGUUGCCCAAGCAAUUAAUAAGACUCCUGGAGGUGCCCCUUUUUCUGAUGAUGAUGAAAAAGUGAUGCAGAUGUAUCUCCCUUUCUGUGGGAUUGCCAUAUCCAAUGCCCAGCUAUUUGCAGCAUCAAGGAAGGAAUAUGACAGAAGCAGGGCUUUACUAGAAGUCGUGAAUGACCUCUUUGAGGAACAGACUGACUUGGAGAAAAUUGUCAAGAAAAUCAUGCAUCGGGCCCAGACUCUUCUGAAGUGUGAACGAUGCUCAGUAUUGCUAUUGGAAGAUAUCGAAUCACCAGUGGUGAAAUUUACAAAAUCCUUUGAGUUGUUAUCUCCAAAAUGCAAUGCUGAUGCUGACAACAGUUUCAAGGACAACGUGGAGAAAUCAUCGUCUUAUUCUGACUGGCUAAUAAAUAAUAGCAUUGCUGAACUCGUAGCGUCCACAGGUCUCCCUGUGAACAUCAGUGAUGCCUAUCAGGAUCCUCGCUUUGAUGCUGAAGCUGACCAGAUUUCUGGGUUUCAUAUACGGUCUGUUCUGUGUGUUCCUAUAUGGAACAGCAGCCACCAAAUAAUUGGGGUAGCUCAAGUGUUGAACAGGCUUGAUGGGAAACCCUUUGACGAUGCUGACCAGCGACUGUUUGAAGCUUUUGUUAUUUUUUGUGGCCUGGGCAUCAACAACACAAUUAUGUAUGACCAAGUGAAGAAAUCCUGGGCAAAACAGUCUGUGGCUCUUGACGUGUUAUCUUAUCAUGCAACAUGUUCAAAGGCAGAAGUUGACAAAUUUAAGGCAGCAAACAUCCCUCUGGUGUCAGAGCUUGGCAUUGAUGACAUUCAUUUUGAUGACUUCUCGCUGGAUGUGGAUGCCAUGAUUACGGCAGCCCUGCGGAUGUUCAUGGAACUUGGAAUGGUUCAGAAAUUUAAAAUUGACUAUGAGACGCUGUGUAGGUGGCUUUUGACGGUUAGGAAGAAUUAUCGAAUGGUUUUGUACCACAACUGGAGGCAUGCCUUCAACGUCUGCCAGCUAAUGUUUGCCAUGUUAACUACCGCAGGAUUUCAGGAGAUUCUAACUGAAACUGAAAUUCUAGCUUUGAUUGUGGGAUGCUUAUGUCACGACCUUGACCACAGGGGAACCAACAAUGCCUUCCAAGCCAAGAGUGGAUCAGCCUUAGCUCAGCUCUACGGCACCUCUGCUACCUUGGAACACCACCACUUCAAUCAUGCUGUCAUGAUUCUCCAAAGUGAGGGUCACAACAUCUUUGCUAACUUGUCCUCUAAGGACUACAGUGACCUUAUGCAGCUUCUAAAGCAGUCGAUAUUGGCAACAGACCUCACUCUGUAUUUUGAGAGAAGGACCGAGUUUUUUGAACUUGUCAGUAAGGGUGGUUAUGACUGGAAGACAAAAAACCACCGAGAAAUAUUUCGAUCAAUGCUAAUGACAGCCUGUGACCUUGGAGCUGUGACCAAACCGUGGGAGAUUUCAAGACAGGCAACUGAGCUGGUAACCAGUGAGUUCUUUGAACAAGGAGACAGAGAAAGAUCUGAACUGAAACUCACCCCUUCAGCCAUUUUUGAUCGGAACAGGAAAGAUGAACUACCCAGGUUGCAGCUCGAGUGGAUUGAUAGCAUCUGCAUGCCAUUGUAUGAGCACCUGAGGCUGACACUGUGACAAUGAAAUGACUGCCCACCAGCAAAGGCAACUCCUGUUGUGUGACAUGGACAACAUGCACUUGGGUGAACAGCAAGGCGUGCUACUGCCUUGGCAGCAGAUCUUGUCCCUUUCUCAGGACAGUCUUUGUCACGAUGAAAUAAAUUAAAGCUACAGCUUCAAAUAAUUAAAGCAGAGCAAGCACAGAAGAAUAUAAAUCGGUAUUUUUUUAAAAUGCCAAGAUCAUUCUGUGCAAUGGAGGUGGGGGGAUGACAACUGACCUUAGACAACAACUCUUAAAAAGAAAGUUCCUUACAGUAUAAUAGUACAUAUUACACUAGAAUGCAUAUUGUACCAGAAUUCACAUUUGUAAUAGCAUCUGUAAUCCAAAAAUGUAUGUUAAAGCAGGAAGAACUGAUAAUCAGCCCAUCUUCUGCAUGAGGAAACUAUAUCAGAGCAUUAAAGCUCUGGUUAGUUAGCUCCAUCUUAGCAGGAGAUCUCUGGGGAGUAUAUUCGCAUCUGAUUUCCCUGCUUUCUGCUGUCUCUGCAUCAUGCUGUGCAGCUAUUAGCCUGCUGCUCAACAACUUAAAAAAGAGACACCAUCAAACCUGGAAGUCAUUGCAGCACCAGCCUUAGGGGUAAACAGCAAACUUGAUGUCAUAGUACCACACUGCGGGAGAUUCUCUUCAAUGUGGAGCCAAGUUUUAAUUUUCAUAUCCAGCUUAAUCAAACCUCAAUACACAUAUCACAUCAGCAAUGUAUUCAGACAUUGUAAAUCCUCCAUUUAGGGCUGGCUGAACAUUACAAGUAGGAACAAGUCCUAGAUUUUUUUUUUCCUUCUAAAUACAAUCUUUAAAAUUCUAGCCAUUGUGCUAUGUCGUAGGGACUGCAUGUGGGGAGAGAAUGAGUUACACCAUUACAAAUACAACAUAAAGAGGCAGAGUGGCAGCUGACAAAUUGGUAAAAUCUUAGCAGUACUUAUAUUGCUCACUAGCAAAGUGCUUAUAAAAACCGUAUGUUUGAAAUAAACAUUUGACACUCAUUUUGAUACCAGAAUUACAGCAUUAAACCGUAGAGAACAAAAUGAAGGCUUUUGCAAGUAGUUUUUUCCAUCCUAGCGAUUAAAAGUCCUGAAAACCAUGUGCCCAUAUCUUAGCACCCAGAGCCCCGAAGGGAACACUGUGGGGAACAUGUGCAUGCAUUCCGAAACAGUUGCUACAGCAGGACCUAAUGCUAUUUGACACCCUCACAGCAGAGAUGGUCCCAGCAACUCCCAUUACACUCCCAACUCCCAAAUGCUGGCAACUCCCAUUAAAGUCAAACAGGAGAUCAGCAAAGCACCCUGAAAUUUUCUUUGCCUAGGAGUAGGCUACUCUUGGAAGCUGCACUUGUCUGAAGUAUGCAAUGCAGAAGGAACUCCACAGCCCAAAAUUCCAGGGGUGGUCUGACACCACCCCACUGGCCCUAAUGCCACUGACAGUACUGUAACAGACCUGUAUCUUCUCCACAGUGCAUACUUAUGAGUGAGGCUACAUACCAGAAUGGCCACAAGGAACGUUUUAUACUUAAAAUUUGCAGAGCAUUUUAGAGUAUUAUGGCCUUCCUAGCCUCAUUUCUUUUUCCACCAUUCUCAAACACUCUGUGGGAGAUUUGGCUCUACCUCCUCUCCUUAUGCAUCUGCUCUCUACAUUUCCUUAAUGUAAUUAAGACAGACCAUUUUGAGGUGCAGUUCUUCUCCCAAGGAAAGGACAAUGAAGUCUCUUUUAUUGGAAGAUGUUUAUCGCAUCCCUCUGCUUACCUGGGUAGAACUGUUUCCCAAGUUUGGACCCUUUCUGUGAGAAGGCUUACAAGUGACUAGCGAAACAUCAAGAUCUGUGCCACUUCCAUUAGCAAUCCCACCUGCCCCUUGGAAUGCCUGUCCAACUCAGAAGAAGGAAUGUCAGGAAUACACUAAACAUGCUACACCGUAAGUUAACAUGCAGCUUGAAGCUGAAUGUAGAUAUAUAAUGAUAGCUGGGGAUAU